UUGAGUCUGUUGCUGAGAGGAUUGGAUAUGGAGGAAGGCAGCAGGCCUCAGUAACUCCACCAGCAGCCCCCCACCCCCAGGUGCCCAGGCCUGUGUUGAGCUGGUGGGGGGAAGAGAUGCCAGGGCCUGCAUAGAAGGGGCUGGGCUGCAGGUGCUCCCGCCUCCCCCCCCCCAAGGCUCCGCCUUCUCCACCCCCUCUCAGGGCGACAGUUACAGGCAAAGAAGAGGAAGUGGUAGCUAGCUAGCUUAGGCAGGCAGGCAGGCGGUGGAGGCCGCAAGGGCGCGCGGGCUGACCCGGUAAGGCAGCAGCCAUGGAACUCUGGCGCCAGUGUACCCACUGGCUGAUCCAGUGCCGGGUGCUGCCCCCCAGCCACCGCGUGACCUGGGAUGGGGCCCAGGUGUGCGAGCUUGCACAGGCCCUCCGGGAUGGCGUCCUUCUGUGUCAGCUGCUCAACAACUUGCUGCCCCAUGCCAUCAACCUGCGUGAGGUCAACCUGCGCCCCCAGAUGUCCCAGUUCCUGUGCCUUAAGAACAUCCGUACCUUUUUGUCUACCUGCUGUGAGAAGUUUGGCCUCAAGCGGAGUGAACUCUUUGAGGCCUUUGACCUCUUCGAUGUGCAGGAUUUUGGGAAGGUAAUCUACACCCUGUCUGCUCUGUCCUGGACCCCUAUUGCCCAGAAUAAGGGGAUCAUGCCCUUCCCCACUGAGGAGGAGAGUGUGGGUGAUGAAGACAUCUACAGCGGCCUAUCUGACCAGAUUGACGACACGGUGGAGGAGGAUGAGGACCUGUACGACUGUGUGGAGAAUGAGGAGGCGGAGGGUGAUGAGAUCUAUGAAGACCUCAUGCGCUCGGAGCCUAUGCCCAUGCAGCCCAAGAUGACAGAGUAUGACAAGCGGUGCUGUUGCUUGCGGGAGAUCCAGCAGACGGAGGAGAAGUAUACGGACACGCUAGGCUCCAUCCAACAGCACUUCAUGAAACCCCUGCAACGGUUCCUCAAACCUCAAGACAUUGAGAUCAUCUUCAUCAACAUCGAGGACCUGCUUCGUGUGCACACUCACUUCCUAAAGGAGAUGAAGGAAGCCCUGGCUGCCCCAGGUGCACCCACUCUCUACCAGGUCUUCAUCAAAUACAAGGAGAGGUUCCUUGUCUAUGGCCGCUACUGCAGCCAGGUGGAGUCGGCCAGCAAGCACCUGGACCGUGUGGCCGCAGCCCGGGAGGAUGUGCAAAUGAAGCUGGAGGAAUGUUCUCAGCGAGCAAACAAUGGGAGGUUCACCUUGCGGGACCUGCUGAUGGUGCCCAUGCAGCGGGUGCUCAAGUACCAUCUCCUUCUCCAGGAGCUGGUCAAACACACGCAGGAUGCGGUGGAGAAGGAGAGCCUGCGGCUGGCCUUGGAUGCCAUGAGGGACCUGGCACAAUGUGUGAACGAGGUCAAACGGGACAACGAGACACUGCGGCAGAUCACCAACUUCCAGCUGUCCAUUGAGAACCUGGAUCAGUCUCUGGCCCACUAUGGCCGGCCCAAGAUCGAUGGGGAGCUCAAGAUCACCUCAGUGGAGCGGCGCUCCAAGAUGGACAGGUACGCCUUCCUGCUCGACAAAGCUCUGCUCAUCUGUAAGCGCCGAGGAGACUCCUAUGACCUCAAGGACUUUGUGAACCUGCACAGCUUCCAGGUUCGAGAUGACUCCUCUGGAGAUCGAGAAAACAAGAAGUGGACUCACAUGUUUCUCCUGAUCGAGGACCAAGGUGCCCAAGGCUAUGAGCUGUUCUUCAAGACACGAGAACUAAAGAAGAAGUGGAUGGAGCAGUUCGAGAUGGCCAUCUCCAACAUCUACCCUGAGAACGCUACUGCCAAUGGGCAUGACUUCCAGAUGUUCUCCUUUGAGGAGACCACCUCCUGCAAGGCUUGCCAGAUGCUGCUGAGAGGCACCUUCUAUCAGGGAUACCGUUGUCAUCGGUGCCGGGCACCUGCACACAAGGAGUGUCUGGGACGGGUCCCUCUGUGUGGCCGACAUGGGCAAGAUCUUUCAGGAACUAUGAAGAAGGAUAAGCCACAUCGCCGGGCUCAGGACAAAAAGAGGAAUGAGCUGGGCCUGCCCAAGAUGGAGGUGUGUCAGGAAUACUACGGGCUUCCUCCACCCCCUGGAGCCUUUGGACCUUUUCUACGGCUCAACCCUGGAGACAUCGUGGAGCUCACCAAGGCUGAGGCCGAACAGAACUGGUGGGAGGGCAGGAAUACGGCUACCAAUGAAGUUGGCUGGUUUCCCUGUAACAGAGUCAAGCCCUACGUGCAUGUGAGUGCCUCAAAUCUGGAUGUAGUGAGGGCAAGGGGGUCCAGAGAAGGUCCUGCGGGGGUAGGAAGCCUUGGGGUGAUACCCCUGAGAUAGGGAGGGGCUGCCCAUCAUGGCAGGUCAUUCCCGAAAUCUGUGUUCUGCCUAGUUUGCCUACUGAGCCCAGAGUGGGGGCCACACAGAGAAUGAUGACCAGUCCUUUCCCCCUUGAUUCUUCUUGUAUGAAGGUCCUCUCCCUCGUAAAGGAGAAGGAGCAGGGGCCCAGAAGGCUGGCCAGUCCCUGCUUCCUUCAGAGACAGCGAAUGUUGUCCCAUCUGGGGGGUGGCCACUCACGUCUCCUGGCCCAGCUCCUGUGGACACACCUGCCCACACUUUGCCCGCCUCUGUUCUUCAGUGUCCUCUGCUCACCUGACCACCUUGUUCUCUGAUGACCUCAGAUUUUUCCCACUCUCCCCAGACCUCCCUCCCUCAUGGUAGAUGCCCCUCUGCCUGCUUCACAGCCCAAAUAGGAACCUGCAGAGGGAAAUUCUCUCCUGUUCUGUUGCUUUAAUUUUGUAUCAUUUCAGACUUCCAGAAAGGUUGCUAGAAUAAUGCAAAGAACUCCAAAUAGCCUUUCCCCAGAUCCACAAGCUGUCAACAUUUUGUCCUAUUUGCUCUCUCAUUUGCUCUUUCUCUGCACAUUUUAUUUUAAAAAUUCAUAUUAUUUUUUUCUUGAGACAUUUAAAAGUUUACAGACAUAUUUUCCCUUCACCCCUAAAUACAUUCUAAGAAUAAGAACCUUUUCUUAAAUAACCAUAGCAUGAUUUUAACAACCAUGAAUUUGACACUUGACAUUGACAUUAUACUGUGAUUAAAUUUAUAGUCCAUAUUUAAAUUUUGACAGUUUCCCCCAAAAUUAUCUUUUAGAGAUUUUUUUCUUUUUUGGCCUGGGGUCUUCCAGGUUUCUCCACUGUGGAGUUACAUUAUACAUUUCCAACUUCAUGGUUCUGUCCAAGUUUAUUCGCAGAUGUUCUACUGUAAGGACUAGCAGUCUCCUAAUCAAUCAAUUAAUUAACCUACCUAGCAAUUAGUCAUCUAUGUAUCUAAUGAUCAUCUGUGUAUCUAUCUGCGUCUUUGCGUAUCCAUUAAUCAUUUAUAUAUCAAUCUAUGUAUCAAGCAUCUAUGUAUCUGCGUAGCUGGGUAUCUGUCUAUCUGCCAAUAGGUCAGGUAUGUAUGCAUGCAUGUAUCUCAGGAAAUGCCCGUGGAUUCUUGCUUUAAAAUUGUCCCAGCUUUGGCCAGUGGGAGCCCUAUCAGCCUGGCUCAUCUGUUCUUUUGGUGUGUCCCUAUUAUUCUCUGAGGUCUUCCUUAUUUUCUGGCGUAAUACCAGACUUACCUUGUACUUCCCAUGCCCCAGUCUUGGAAUCAACCCUUUUCCCAAGGAGCCCUGGUCCUUUCAGGGGGACAUGGCAUUCAGAAGCCAAGAUCUGGACAUCUCUCUAGUUUCUGCUUCCAAAUGUACUGCCUUCUUAAAGCUACACCCAUCCUAGCCUCCUCCUCUCCCAAUACAAUGAAGACUCUGAGAAAAAAAUAGAAAAAAAUGACAAUUCUCCUUUCAACUCAAGGAUUCCAUGCUCCUGGAACCACCUACCUUGCAAGAAACUACUUUGUUCUCUAUGUGCCUCUCUGGAGAUUCUUAGUGCACAUACAAGUAGAUACAAAUACGGAUUUUCAUUUCCCCCAUGAUAGAUUCAAAAGAUUUGAUAUUCACUGUUAUGCAGCCUUCCCCUCUGCCCCCACCCCUUAAUAUAUCUUGGGAUCUUUCCAUGGCACUGUACGUAGACCAUUUUAUUCUUUUUUCCCUUUAAAAAAUUGAGGUGAAAUUUGA